AUGGACAGUACACAACGAUCUCCUAGAUUACCGGCGUUACCGCCUUUGCAGAGUCAACAAUCUACUCCCAAGAAAGUUGGGAAUAAUGAGAGGAGGAGGAGGCCUCCUCCUCCAAUACUGACGAGCCCUGUGACUCCUACAUCUGGAUCAUCUUUCACCGUCGUACCGUCUAGAUCAAGUGAAAAGCAGCAGCCUCAGAUUGACCAACAGCACCUUUAUUCAUCUCCUUUUGUCACAGAGGUAAGUGUGAGUGAAAAGAGGGCGCCUGCUCCGAAAGUGUAUAUAUCGCCUUUCGUUGGUGAUCCAUCUGUGUUUCGGUCACCUGAAACUCUUCCAAAUAGCAGUUUCAGCAAUAAUAGCGAUAGUCCAGCUUCACAAUCAGAUAAUAAUAAUUAUAAUAAUAAUAGGCUGUCUUCUUCUUCAACUUCAAGUAUAUUCACCAAUAAUGUAACGAUGCCAAAUAUUGAGUUUGAAGGGUUCGCUAGUUCGGAUUCGAAAGAUAUCACAAUGAAAGCUCUGCCGGCACUACCCCCACGAACGUUCUCCGGCCCUAUUAACGCGGCAACAAAGACUACUGCAACAUCUAGUAGUACACUGCAGUUUACGGGGCCCGUUGAACACCGUUAUAAUGAUAUGGCAGUUCCAGAAACGCUCCCUGCGCUGGAUGCCAUUUCUCCAAUAUCGACAGGAAAUUUCAACUGGUCCACUUCGGAUAAAAGUAGUUUACAAAACACAACUUUAUACUAUCCACAACCUCCGAAGAUGAAAGAUGUUAGUAAUGGAGCAAUAGGGCCUAAUGAACCAAGACUUUCAGACUCAAUCAGUAGUUAUUAUUCCAAUUCGAGCUACGCUUUCAAUAAAAACGUGGAAGAAUAUGCUAGACAUGAAUCGUUCGGUUCAAUCACUGGGAGUAAACCACUGAAUAAUGUGGCUAGCAUUACAGUGCCAACAUACCCCUUCACGAUCGACCUUUUGGAUGAAAGAAAACUUUACCAGUGCUACAACAUUAGCCAAUUGUCACACAUAUACCAGUGGCUCUUGAAAGUAUACUUCGAAUGGUUUAAUGAAUACGUUUUCGGUAAAUUGGAAUUCUUUCAAAUUGUUCAAUUACUGUUGGAAUUCCAGCUACCAAAUUCUUGCGAGCAAGAUAUCAUUGAUUCGAACGUGGACAAAAUUAUUGAAUCGCUUAUCUUACAAGGUGCUGUGCGAUUCGAAGACGAUCCGGAAACUGGGAACCAAAUCACCAUCAUCAUUGCGGGGCUUGAUACUCAAGGGGUUUUUACGGAUUUAUUGCCCUGUUACUCUUAUUCUCAUAUAUAUGAUGAUCCUACUACGGAUUUGAAGUGCUAUUCAUACACCUGCUGGAGCUCAAAAGGAUCAGAGAAUUACAGGUCACAGCUUAAAAUCUCAGAAUUCAUCAACAAGUCAGUGGGGCUAUGGACCGAUUACUGGAAAUUGACUCCCGAAGAAUUAUCUGAGAUUAAUCCUAAGGAAGUUAAACGCCAGAGUUUCAUAUUUGAUCUAAUAGUGCUAGAGGAAAGAUCAUUAAACCUCGCUAAUGCAGCAGUAGAGAUAUAUGGGGCCUCUUUUGAUCCGGCUCUUUUACCGGAUGACCCAAAUUUUAAGUCGAUGGCAUAUGAUAUAUUCAUUCCAUUGAUAGAGUUACAUAAGGAUAUUCUUUUGAGCCCUAUCCUUUGGAAACUUAAAAUAAAAGGUAAAUUCAUUGAUGGAGUUGGCAAGAUAUAUUUAAAGUGGGCAAAUGAUGCUAAACAGGUGUAUGUGAAGUAUGCGCAAAAUAUGGCUACUGUCCACGAAAUAAUCAAUUGGGAAAAGGAAAAUAAUACCCGGUUUGCAUCUUGGUUGAGGCAAAUCGAUGAGUCAACUCCAAUAACCAGAUCUAAACUUUACCACGACGUUAUCUUUUUUGGUGGAUUUUUCAAAUCUUUACAAAAUAUGCCAGUAACACUCAGAUCUGUAUUGAAGUGUACUGAUCCAUCAAUGGAUGAUCACGAAUACUUACGUAUGGCAAUUCAAGAGAUUGAACAACUAUCAAGAUUAGUAGAUAAAGCCCAUGGUGAUGCGAUAGAUAAACGUAAGAUAGUCAGACUAGCUCGUCAAUUGAUUUUUACAUCUAAGACAGGCAACACUGUCAACUACCUUAACAUACAGUCUGGUAAUGAUUCCGUGUCAAAUUUCACUACAAACAACGAGCAUCUUGAUUUAAAGUUAGGGGACGGUGACAGGAAGCUAAUAAUGCAAGGUAUAUUACAGAAGAAAAGAGAACUAUGGCUUGAGAGUGCCCCUGUCUAUGUCUUUUUAUUGGACAAUUAUUUUCUGAUCACUGAAGAAAUAUUCAAAGGAUCAGGGAAGAAAUAUAAGCUAAUAGAAAGACCCAUACCCAUUGAUUAUUUGAGUGUUGAAACAAAGGAGGACAUUAACUAUAAAAGAAAAUCAUUGUCAGAUGCUGAUGAAGAAUCUUGCAAUGUCCAAACGCCGUCUACGUCAAAGAAGCCUCCACUUUUACCUGCUGGAACAACAAUGAGCUCUAUACCGAAGACGAUAUACCAAACUGCUACCAACGCUACUUUAAACAAUGACGAUAAUGAAGAAUCUUCUUAUUCAUUCAAGAUUAGGAAUACUGCGUCUAACGAAUCUCAUACAUUUUCAACCUCAACCAUGGAAGAACGAGAACACUGGGUUGCCUCGCUGGUGAAGGCAUUCCAGAAUCAUAUGGGUCACAACGAAAAACAGGCGUUUCAAUUACAAUGUCUCUGUGAUCUGUUUUCUUACGAUGAGAUUCAGGCGCCUACUAAUUUACCAUUAGAGCCAGAAGGGUCCGCUGUUAGCUCUGCGAUGAAGGAAUUCUACAGUGUGAACUCACCAAAAACUUUCGCGUCUAUGAAAGGUGACAUCUUAUGCUCAGUAUCGUUUCAAUAUGAGAAUGAGACAUUUUUACUUUGCAGCGUAAACCACGGGGUAUACAUCACAUUGCCAAGAUUACUGCACCAAUGGAAACGCAUACUCAACUUUUCCAAAGUGACAAAGAUGGAAAUAAGCACAAAGUUAGGCUUGCUUUUCCUUCUUGCUGACAGGAAGUUAUGCUAUUUCAACAUACCCAGUUUAAUAUCAGCAUUUUACGAUUCUGAACAAUAUUUACCUGACAACAGAAUUGUGGGGAUCAUCAUCCAGGAGAAGAUCACAUUUUUUAAAAUGGCAGAAGACUUCAGCAAUUCCAGGCAUCUGUUUUACGAACGAAAAGGUGAAAUCAUUAUAAUGACUCCCGAGUUUGAUCCGUUAACGAAAGUAUUCAAAUUUUUCAAGCAUUACAAGAGCUACAAAAUACCCGUUAGCAGUAGCGGAUUAACAGCUUCGACGGUAUCCGAUAUUACCAUAUUAAGAAACAGUUUUAUCGUUUGCUCCUCCAAGGGUGCUAUCUUGUACUCAGACUCGUUCAAUGAAGAAGGCGCUUUUUUACCCACUACGCUCACUGAUACUUCAAAGUUAAAGCUUAACCAUUUGUCAUUUAGGAAGCAAACUGAAUCUAAAUCAAAGAAUAACUCAUCAACGAUGAAGAUGGCUGAAUACGUUAAGUCAGAUAUUUUAUCUAAGAAAACUAAACCUAUAGCCUGUUUUCGAAUUGAUCCAAACAACUUUAUCAUAUGCUAUGAUGAAGCCAUUAUACGAAUCAAUAAGUUUGGGGAAAUUCCGGAUUGGAAAAAGGAUAUUCUUGUAUUAGAUUUCUAUUGCAUAGGCGUGUCCUUAAACCUUGGUCACCUCAUACUUGCAGGUGAUAAUCUUGUACAGGUGUACAACUUACGUUUCGUAGACACCGGAGAAUGGGCACUUAACACAAUCAAACCCGUUCAAAUUAUCAAGGGCAAGAAAAUUAAGAUUACUGACACUUCACAGGAUUGCACAAGUAUAGUAUUGACCCACCCGAACAUUGCAGGAAGACAGCUACUCUUGCACUUUAACCUAUCAGUUUAA